UUGCUCAGUACGCUCUAAUCAUUAAAUCAGUCGAGAACAAUAUUUCGCGGUACUAUUCAACAAUGGCCAAAAAACUGCAUUAUUUUAAUUUUAUCGCUAUAGCUGAGCCUAUAAGGUAUAUUCUUCAUUACACUAAGCAAGAAUUUGAGGAUGUCAGGCAUGAUCAUAGAUUUUGGCCAAACCCAGAGUUUAAAGAGAAAUUACCCUUCGGACAAUUUCCUCUUUAUGAAGAAGGAGAUCGUAUGCUAACCCAAUCACUGGCUAUCGCAAAGUAUGUGGCUAGAGGCACAGAUCUCAUUCCAUCUGAUCCUUGGACGCAAGCUGUUUUGGAUGCAGCUGUAUACACAAUCUACGAUUAUUGGUCAAAGGUUGUGACUUUCAUCAGAGAAAAAGACCCUGAAAAAAAGAAAGAAUUGAAGCGUGAACUCUUGGAUGAAACUAUAGACUAUUUCUUCUCAAGACUUGACAAAGAUCUGAAGGAAAACGGUGGCUACUUUAGUGGAAAGUUAUCCUGGGUGGAGUUUGUCCUAUGCGGCCUAGUAGAGGCAAGCAACUACUUCUUGGACACUGAAUUGGAAAAGAAAUACCCAAGGGUCGAAGCUUUAAUUAAAAAGAUAAAGAGUCUACCGGGAGUCAAAGAGUAUGUUGCUGCGAGAGGGCCUAAUGUUUUUAAACAAUGAUUAAUAAAUUAUUUCAGAAAAACAUACCGAAGUACCUACCGGUAGAAAAUGCAUUUAAUAAUGUUUUUUAUUUAUCUGCCUGUAUAUGUAAUAGAAAAGUUUACAAGUUCAUGGUUCAUCUGACACAAAUAUACAAAGCUGAAAUAAACAUAUUAAAUACAUAA